AUGGCUGCUGCACAAUCCUCUGAAAUUCAUCUUGUUACAGCCAAUGUUGGAGAGACAGUGACUUUGCACUGCUUCUAUAAAGGCAACCUGGCACGGUACUUUAUGUGGUACAAGCAAACAAUGGGUGACAAUCCUCAAAUCGUAUCAACCUUUUACAAGUAUAACAAGAAUGCAACAUUUUACCAUGCAUUUAAGGGUAACACUCGCUUCUCAGUGCAAAGCGGUGAAGGAAUUAAUCACCUAAAGAUCUCAGACAUGCAGCUCUCUGAUUCAGCCACAUAUUACUGUGGGAACUCUUAUGCCAACCAGGUGGAGUUUGAAGAAGGAGCCAUUCUGAUUGUGAAAGGAUCAGGGUCCAGAAACAUGUCUGUGCUCCAGCAGCCUGUGUCUGAGUCAGUCCAGCCAGGAGACUCUGUGACUCUGAACUGUACAAUACACACUGAGACCUGUACAGGAGAACACAGUGUCUAUUGGUUCAGACAUGGCUCAGGAGAAUCCCUUCCAGGAAUCAUUUACACCCGUGGAGACAGGAGUGAUCAGUGUGAGAAGAGCCCUGAGGCUGGGUCUCCUACACAGAGCUGUGUCUACAACCUCCCCAAGAGGAACCUCAGCCUCUCUGAUGCUGGGACUUACUACUGUGCUGUGGCCUCAUGUGGGGAGAUACUGUUUGGGAACGGGACCAAGCUGGACAUUCAAAGCCGUAGGGCAGACCCUCUUCUCUUGGAGUACUGCCUGGGUGUAGCAUUGGCUUUCUCCUUAAUCCUGAUCAUUGUCCUUGCUUGCAUCAUGUAUAAGAUGAACCAGAGAAAGUGUCUGCAGUGCAGAGUCCAGCCACGAGACUCUGUGACUCUGUACAAUGUGAAGAAGAUUGUCGUACCGGAAUAUGGUGUAAAAAAAAAUGAAGCGUCCAGUUCGACCAAUCAUCUGUAA